AGGAGGAGCGGGAGACAGAACAACGAUUUUCUUGUACUGUUUCAGCCUCUUCUCCUUCCGGGAACAGAGAGGGGGAGGCCAAACGAGAGAGAGAGAACGGAAAACGAUUUCAGUCAAAACUUACCUCCUUGUUUGGCUGAUUCGUUUCUGUUCUUUCUCUGUUCGUUUUGGUAUGAGAUGAUCGGGACAAGGAAAGGGAGGCUUCACGUCUGUCAAAUUUGUCUUGCAUUUUGAUGAUUUGAUCUCUGAAUCAUUUCUCUCACAUAUUUUAUUUUUAUUUUUCCGAUUGUUGUGAGAACGGGAAGAGAAUUAUCUGCCAUGUUUUUUUAGGAAAGGAUUGGUGAAUAUUGAUUUGAGCUUUUAGAGGAUUUUGCUUGUUUGUUUACUACGAAAAUGAGCGUAAGGUCACGAGAGGAAAGGAGGAGCCUGGGAUGGUCGUCAAUGGGUGGGGACGAGUCAAUGUUUGGGGAUUUACAGGGAUCUAGUGGCCAAGGCGAGAGAAUGUUUGUUUCGGUUAGAAUGAGGCCUUUGAACGAAAGAGAAAUCGCGAGAAACGAUGUCUGCGAUUGGGAAUGCAUUAACGAUACCACCAUUAUUUUCAGAAGCAGCAUGCUUGAUCGCUCCAUGGUUCCUGCUGCCUAUUCAUUUGACAGAGUAUUUGGGGGUGAAUGCCACACAAAGCAUGUAUACGAGGAAGGAGCCAAAGAAAUUGCUCUUGCAGCAGUUAGUGGCAUUAACUCUAGUAUUUUUGCAUAUGGUCAAACAAGCAGCGGGAAGACUUAUACUAUGAGAGGAAUUACUGAAUAUGCAGUUGCAGAUAUAUAUGAAUAUAUAGACCAGCACAAGGAAAGAGAAUUCGUUUUGAAAUUCUCAGCCAUGGAGAUUUACAAUGAAGCCGUCAGAGACCUCCUUAGCACAGAUAGCACUCCACUUAGAGUCCUAGAUGAUCCAGAGAAAGGGACUGUAAUCGAGAAGCUUACAGAGGAGACUCUAACAGAUCGGAACCAUUUACAGGAGCUCUUUUCUAUUUGUGAAGCUCAAAGGCAAAUAGGAGAGACCUCUCUGAAUGAGAAUAGCUCCAGAUCUCAUCAAAUUAUAAGACUGACAGUAGAAAGCUGCUGUCGUGAAUAUUCAGGUGCCGAAAAUUCAAGCACUCUCACGGCUACAGUGAAUUUUGUUGAUCUUGCGGGGAGCGAGCGUGCUUCUCAGACAUUGACAGCUGGCGCGAGAUUAAAAGAAGGUUCCCACAUAAAUCGCAGCUUACUGACACUGGGAACUGUAAUUCGCAAAUUGAGCAAGGGAAGAAAUGGACACAUACCUUACAGAGACUCCAAGCUAACACGCAUACUGCAGAAUUCCUUAGGAGGCAAUGCCAGAACUGCCAUGAUCUGCACUAUAAGCCCUUCGCGCAGUCACGUCGAGCAGUCAAGAAACACCCUCUUGUUUGCAAGUUGUGCUAAAGAGGUGGCUACUAAUGCACAAGUGAAUGUAAUGAUGUCAGAUAAGGCAUUGGUAAAACAAUUGCAAAAAGAACUAGCCAGGCUGGAGGGUCGGUUAAAGAGCACCGGAUCAAUUUCUGUAACAGGUGAUAGUGCUGCAUUACUUAGACAAAAGGACCUUCUGAUUGAACAGAUGGAUAAAGAAAUCAAAGAAUUAACUUGGCAACGUGAUCUUGCUCAAUCUCGAGUUGAAAGUUUGCUAAGGUCAACUGGUGAAGAUAGAUUUUCCAGAUUAGAUGAAAAUUCAGCAUCGGAGUCCUCGGAGGUGAUCAAUCCUGUAGGUCUUUCAAAAAGCAACAUGGAUUUUGAUGAGGCCAGUGUGGUUACUCCUACCAAGAAAACCCUACAGGUUCCUGAUCCUGAAGACAAUCUUCAGCUGGAUAACAACAAUCCUAAGUUUUUUGGGCCUGAUCCAUGUCAUGGUAAUCGUGAAGAAACGGAAGAUAUCUGCAAGGAAGUUCGAUGCAUCGAAACGGAGGAAGAAUGCGUGAACAAGAAAACAGAAGGUGAUGCGUCGUUAAUUGGUUCUAAAGAACAAGAAGGAAAAUUAGCCUCAAAAGAAGUGAGGAAUGAGGGUGCCGCACCAUCAACACAGGAAAAAGAUGAAGAGGUGAACCAUGAUAAUUCAUAUGACUCUCAUGAUGCUCUAAAGCGAAAAAUUAAGGAAUUGUAUGAAACAAUCGGCUCUUUAGAACGAGCUUCUUCCAUUGAAGCAGGUGCUUCUGCUAGAGGCUUGACAUGGACUAGAAGCAAAAGCAGGAGAACGGUUCUUAUGAAAAUUCCAUCUGAUAUUUGGUAUGAAAAGGAAGAAGAGAACGAAAACACACCACAUACUGAGGACUCUCUGGAAAGACCAUUAGACAUUGAACAAAAGCUUCCUGAAUUAGAGCUUGAUGCCGAAACUAGAAGUAUGUCUAGGGAAGAUUCAAAGACUUCCAUUGGUAGUGUUUCCACAGAAGAAGAAAGCAUCAAAGAGAUAAACGUAGAUGUAAACGAUACUCCAAGUGUCCUUGAUUGUGUUGCAGGAGUAAACAAAUUGCCUGUUCCUCAGUCAGAGAUGCAAAUUAGUGAUGUUCCUGUCCCGGAAGCAUCAAUUCUAAUUGGUGACGCAGGGAACAGCAGAGGUGUAGGCGCACAGAGAGGCAAUGGUGAUAGGCAGCAUCGUAGUUGGCCCUCAAAAUUCCUAAGAUACCGGAAAAAGAUAAUUGAGCUAUGGGCUAAAUCCCAUGUACCAUUGGUCCACAGAAGCUAUUUCUUUUUGCUCUUCAAAGGUGACUCUUCAGACAACGUAUAUAUGGAGGUUGAGCUUAGAAGAUUGUAUUUUCUGAAGGAUACGUCUGCCCGUAGAACUAACACGAUGAUAGAUACUCAGAUCGUCUCACCAACCACAAGUUUGAAGGCUCUCAAUAGGGAAAGGGAAUUUUUAGCAAAGCAAUUAGAGAAAAAGUUGACGAAAAGGGAGAGAGAGGAACUUUACCUGAGGUGGGGUAUCGACUUGGACACAAAGCAGAGGAGAGUACAGUUGACACGCCGUUUAUGGACAGACACAAAAGACUUGAAACAUAUGAAGGAAAGUUCUUUGCUUAUUACCAAGUUGGUCGGAUAUGUAGAGCCACGCUUGGCCCCUAAGGAGAUGUUUGGACUCAGCUUUAUAACCCCAUCAUCAAGUCAAAAAUCCUCCAGCUGGAGAGACAAUGUGUCUUCUCUGUCUAUAUUAUGAGAGCCUGUGGGAGUUGGGAGUUCCAAAAGUUUCUUUCUUUAAUGGAUCUUCAUUCCGCAAGCUUUAUCCUGCAUGGUUGAAUGUUCAGCGUUCUCCUAAUUGUAAAUUGAACACCGGUUAUGAAUUAACUGUAGUUGCAGGAUUUUUUUUUUAUUCUGCUGCUAAAAACAGUACAAGUACUUUUUUUUCAUUCAUAUAAAAUAUAUAUUAAAUCCUCUAAUGG